UUUUCUGACAGCGCAAACCCACUUCACGCAGGGGUUGCGCACAUUUUGUCACGUAACUGACCUGGACGUGAGGGUCGGUUUUGGGGUGACAGCUCGCAUGAAACAAAGGCUUUGCAGUGAAACCACAUCGGCGUUUGCGCCGUUUUCCUCCCCCCUCACUAGCCAGCUCCAGCUCCAGCUCCGGCAGCGCAGCUCCUCCCGUUCCCCGUUAUGAACUGCCCCUCGGGACGGUCAGUUGUGCCGGGGCGCUGGGCAGGAACUCUUAACCUCUCUACGCGCCGCCGCGCGCCGUUGCCGUAGUUACGGAGGAAGCCGCGCUUCCCUGACACCACUGCCGAGUUUUGGGAGGAUAUGGAGCGGCACGUCCCCAUUUACACGCUGCCUGAGGAAAUUCGCAAGAUGUCCCGGGAUGAGACAGUAUGUAAAUACUGUGGAGUCAGCUAUUUGAUACUUCAUGAAUUUAAGGUUAUGGAAGAAAAAGUAAAAGCAAUGGAAAAGGAGAUUAAAUUUUAUGAAGGAAGUAUAGAACGGGAAAAAGGACUUCAAGCAGAAUUGCAGUCUCUUUACCAAGACCUUGAACACUAUCGAGCUGACAAUGAAACAAAAACAGAAAGAAUAAGAACCCUCACAGUGGAACUUAAAAACAAGCAAGAUGAUUUAAAAAAUGUAAAAGAAGAUUUGAGAUAUUUCCAAGAGGAAAAGGAAGCUGCCUAUAAACAAUCGCAAGUGCUCAGAAAUACAUUGGAACACCAUUGCUCUACUCUGAACAAGGCAGUUUCACUGUUUCCUUUUAUUAAAAGUGAACUAGACAGUAUUAAAGAAGUCAUCUCCAGUAAUCUGGAGAACUGGGCUGCCAUGAAAGAAGAAAUCUUUAUACAAAUAAAAACAGUUAGCAAAGAAGCUUUGACAGAAAUACCCAAAUUGAAUCAAAGAUUAGCAAAGUCCCAGAGAGAGAAUGAAUGCCUCCAAGAAAAGGUAAAACAUCUGACACUGGUGGCUGACACAGUUGAGCUGAAAAGUCAACAGCUUCAAACUUCACUUCAGCAAGGGAAUGAGCUGCAAAGUAGAUGCCGUGAGCUGCAAAAGGAAACAUUAGAUUUAACAAAUCAGGUAGAGACAAUUGGAUUGAAGCUGCAGAAAGUAACAGCCGAGAUGGACCACUACAAAAAGCUGUUAAUGGUGAAAUCAACGGAACUUGAUGUCUGUCAAAAUGAACUGAAAAAAAUUAAAUACGAAAAUGGAAUUUCUGAGUCAAGGCUUACAAAAGAGCUCAAGGAAAAGGAGGAAUCUUUUCUAAUUUGCCAACAAGUAUGCAAACAUUUACAGGAAGAAAUGGCUGAGAAAGAAAGAAAAGAAGAAGAUCUAAAAAGAAGAACUGGUCGAUUAGAAAGUGAGCUGGAAGCCCUUAAAGCUCUUCUUAGACAAACAGAGGAAGAGGUAGUGAUGUUGAAACAAGAAAGGGAGUUAAUGCUGAUUUCUCAUCAGAACAGAACGGAGCAGCUGCAGGUAGCAUUAAGACAGAAGAUGCGGAAUGAAGAUAACUGGAGGGAGAAGAUGGAAAAUGAUCUGGCUAAAGGUGAAGCACAACACAAAGAAGCAAUUCUUAAAGUCAAGGAAGAAGCAAGAGUGGAAAUAGACAUUGAGAGACAAAAGCAGCAAGAACUGAUCGCCAAAUAUCAGAGAGAUCAUGAAGAGCUCCAGAAGAAGAUUCCAGGUUUAAUAUCCAGUGCUACCAACAACUUACGGAUGGAGACAGAAAUUCUUGAAAAGAAGCUACAAGAUGCCCAGAUCAAACUUACAGAGAAAGAUGAAGAGAAGGAAAAUGAAAUUGAGAGCCUUAAAAGACUAAUUACUGAACUUGAAUUUCAGUUAUCGAUGGAAAAGAACAGUAAUGAAUCAUUUCUGGAUAGUAUGAGAAAAGAAAUUAAACACAAGUCAGGUGAACUGGAAAAAUUAACCCAGGAGAGGACACAGCUGAUUCACAAUCUGAGUCAAGUUCAAGAAGAGAACACUCUUCUCCAGGAAACGGUGCGCAGAGAGUGUGAGGAACGCUAUGAGCUGACUGCAGCUUUGACUCAAGCCAGGGAACAAGUACUGGAACUAAAAAAACUCAGUGGAAAUUUCCCAUUAUCACUGUGUUCCCUGGCUCAGGGCAGCCUAACCUCCUCUGCUGCCCUGCUCACUGAUUAUGGACAGAAAAGCCGCUCUAGCCUCAGCACUGGGAAGGAAAUCAAUCUCUCUGGACAGUUUGGUAUUUCAAGAGCUGUGAAGGCACCCACCUCCGGUAAGCGUAACAGCAGUGGCAGUGUGUGCUUGCCAGCUCUAACCCCAUCACAUCCUCCAAGAGGGAGGGCAGCUUCACUCAGCGAGCCCAGGAGGAGGAUCUCUGCAGUUAUAAGACGACAACUGAGCUAGCUCUGACAGCUACAUAUGCAUGCAUAGGGCAUGGGAAACCAUUCCAGUGCAUCAAAUGGCCAUUUACUCAUGGACCCCAGGGUCAACUCUUAGCCGAUGCAAUUCAUGCAUUUCUACAAGUUAAAAUUAAGUUAUUUUUUUAUAUAUUUUUAUUGCUGUAAUGUUUCUUUGUCCAUCACAUAUCAAAGUAAUUAAAUGCUAUCUACACUUCAAGAUGAUGAAAAUAAGAAAGAACAGAUACUGUCUCUCUGAAAGCAACACAUCUUCAAUAGGUGUAGUUAAAUUAAUGGCCAAUUUAAAUUCCUGUUUUCCCAAACCACUUUGUUAGAAUUUUCCUAUUUUGUGUGUUCUCCUGUUUAACUUAACUGCUUGUUUCUGGUGUAAAAAAAUGUGAUUUGUUUGGUUAGAAUCAGACUUUUGCAAUUAUUUAAUUGAAUAGUGUUAUAUUUGCAAAUAAUUCUGCUUAAGUCAGUGAAACUUGCUCGUUGUGGAAUAUGUAUCAUUCAGUC